CUGAGGGAUAUGAACUGUGAAGAGAAGUUGCAGGAGCUAAACCUGACGGUAUCAGAGAAGAGAAUGACCAGGAGUGACAUGAUUAAGAUAUACUAAAUACUUAGAGAAACUGAGCGGGUGGACAGGGCGAGUCUGUUUUAUAAAAGGGUCUCAGGUACACGAAGGCACAGGUGGAAGCUAAAAACUCAGAUGAAUAACAUGGAGGUUAGGAAAUACUUCUUUAGCCCUAGAGUGAUCAGGAAGUGGAACGAUCUAGACAGCGAAGCGGUAGAGGCAGGAUCCAUACACUCCGUUAACAAUAGUUAUGACAGAGCUCUCGCAACCAGGAAAGUGUGAACCCAACAGCAACCAGCAGAAUGAAGAGCCAGGAGCUGAUACUCAUACCCUACAACCACAAUUAGGUAAGUGCAUUUGAGUACACAGUAACAAUGGUACCAGCAACACUUGGGCUGCCACACUCCGCAAAUAGUACCAGAAAGCACAAACACUAAGGGUUCCGUAUAUCACCACGGUACCAGUACAAUAAACUACCACUCAAGAGGUUGUGUGUGUUGGGCAGCAUGACUGACGAGUCGCCUCGGUGGCUGGUGCAGCAGGAGAGGAUGGAGGAGGCCACGCAGGUGCUGCAGAAAGCUUUCAGGAGGAACCAGGUGCAGCUGAACACCCCGCUGGCCUCUCUCCUCGAUCGUAUGGCGCAGCAAGAGAGGAAGACCUCGUCAGCGUGCGGAAGGGCCUUCCCUGGGUCGUGUGCCCUGCCUGGUAGGAUAGAGCAGGUGUGGGCAUAUCUCCGAGCCCCUGCCAUGCGCAC